CUUGCUCACCCGAGCCUCACAAAGAUAAUCGCUCAGGAAGUGUUUCAGCCAAUCCGCGGCGGCUUUACACUCCGAUUUGCCGGGGCAGCCAAUCGGGGAUGAGCUUUUAUUAGGCGGCCAGAUCAUCAGCCGAAGUGCCAAACCCUUUUUCUGUGAGAACUAGGAGCCUGUCCUCCAUGUUUUAUAAGUAUUGACAUUACACAGUUAACAAUGCAUCCACAGAGCUUGGCUGAGGAGGAAAUAAAAACCGAACAGGAGGUGGUGGAGGGAAUGGACAUGUCUACUCGCUCCAAAGAUCCUGGCUCUACAGAGCGAACGGCCCAGAAACGGAAGUUCCCCAGCCCCCCUCAUUCCUCCAAUGGCCAUUCGCCCCAAGACUCAUCCACGAGCCCCAUUAAAAAGAAAAAGAAACCCGGCUUACUGAACAGUAGCAAUAAGGAGCAGUCAGAGCUAAGACAUGGUCCGUUUUACUAUAUGAAGCAGCCACUCACCACAGACCCUGUUGAUGUUGUACCGCAGGACGGACGGAACGACUUCUACUGCUGGGUUUGUCACCGGGAAGGACAAGUCCUUUGCUGUGAGCUCUGUCCCCGGGUUUAUCACGCUAAGUGUCUGAGACUGACAUCGGAACCAGAGGGGGACUGGUUUUGUCCUGAAUGUGAGAAGAUUACAGUAGCAGAAUGCAUCGAGACACAGAGCAAAGCCAUGACGAUGUUGACCAUUGAACAGCUGUCCUACCUGCUCAAGUUUGCCAUUCAGAAAAUGAAGCAGCCAGGGACAGAUGCAUUCCAGAAGCCCGUUCCAUUGGAGCAGCAUCCUGACUAUGCAGAAUAUAUAUUCCACCCCAUGGACCUUUGUACAUUGGAAAAGAAUGCAAAAAAGAAGAUGUACGGCUGCACGGAAGCCUUCCUGGCCGAUGCCAAGUGGAUCCUGCACAACUGCAUUAUUUAUAACGGGGGAAAUCACAAGUUGACGCAGAUAGCAAAAGUCGUCAUCAAGAUCUGUGAGCAUGAGAUGAAUGAAAUUGAAGUGUGUCCAGAGUGCUAUCUUGCUGCUUGCCAAAAACGUGACAACUGGUUCUGUGAGCCCUGUAGCAACCCGCACCCUUUGGUCUGGGCAAAGCUGAAAGGCUUCCCAUUCUGGCCAGCGAAAGCCCUGAGGGACAAAGAUGGGCAGGUUGAUGCCCGCUUCUUUGGACAACAUGACAGAGCCUGGGUUCCAAUCAAUAAUUGCUACCUCAUGUCUAAAGAAAUCCCCUUUUCUGUGAAAAAGACUAAAAGUAUCUUCAACAGCGCCAUGCAAGAGAUGGAAGUUUACGUGGAGAACAUACGGAGGAAGUUUGGAGUUUUUAAUUAUUCCCCGUUCAGGACGCCCUACACCCCCAAUAGCCAGUACCAAAUGCUGCUUGACCCCAGCAAUCCCAGCGCCGGCACUGCCAAGACAGACAAGCAGGAGAAGGUGAAGCUCAAUUUUGACAUGACAGCAUCCCCCAAGAUCCUUCUGAGCAAGCCCCUUCUGAGUGGGGGCGCAGGCCGCAGGAUCUCCCUGUCCGACAUGCCACGCUCCCCGACCAGUACGAACUCCUCUGUGCACACGGGCUCCGACGUGGAGCAGGACCCUGAGAAGAAGGCCCCAUCCAGCCACUUCAGCGCCAGCGAGGAGUCCAUGGACUUCCUUGAUAAGAGCACAGCUUCCCCAGCCUCCACAAAGACGGGGCAAGCAGGGAGUCUGUCUGGCAGUCCGAAGCCUUUCUCUCCGCAAGCACCAACACCCAUCAUGACGAAGACAGACAAGACCUCCACCACUGGGAGCAUCCUGAACCUCAACCUGGAUCGGAGCAAAGCCGAGAUGGACCUGAAGGAGCUGAGCGAGUCGGUCCAGCAGCAGUCAGCCCCCGUCCCUCUCAUCUCUCCCAAGCGGCAGAUUCGAAGCCGCUUCCAGCUCAACCUGGACAAGACCAUAGAGAGUUGCAAAGCACAACUAGGCAUAAAUGAGAUCUCGGAGGAUGUUUACACAGCCGUGGAGCACAGCGAUUCGGAGGAUUCCGAAAAGUCGGAGAGCAGCGACAGUGAGUAUGUCAGCGAUGAGGAACAGAAGCCCAAGAAUGAGCCGGAGGACCCCGAAGACAAAGAGGGGAGUCGGGUGGACAAAGAGGCCCCCGCCGUUAAAAAAAAGCCCAAGCCCGCAAACCCGGUGGAGGUGAAGGAAGAGACGAAAAGCAACUCUCCGGCUGGCGAGAAGGCAGACCCUGCCCCCGCCAAGGACAAGGCCAGCCCUGAGCCCGAGAAGGACUCCGUGGAGAAAGCCAAGCCGUCGCCUCACCCUACAAAGGACAAACUCAAGGGAAAAGAUGAGACGGAUUCUCCCACAGUGCAUUUGGGCUUGGACUCUGAUUCAGAGAGUGAACUUGUCAUAGACUUAGGAGAAGAUCCUUCUGGGCGGGAGGGUCGCAAAAACAAGAAGGAGCCCAAGGUGCCAUCACCUAAGCAGGAUGCUAUAGGAAAACCGCCACCGUCUACCGUGGCUGGCAACCAGUCUCCCCCAGAGACGCCGGUGCUCACCCGCUCAGCCACCCAAGCACCCGCGGCGGGGGUCACCGUGGCCGCCACCACCAGCACGAUGUCUGCCGUCACGGUCACAGCACCGGCCACCGCCGCCGCCGCCGCCGCCGCCGCCGCCGCCGCCGCCGGAAGCCCGGUGAAGAAGCAGAGGCUGCUCUUACCGAAGGAGACUGCUCCAGCCGUGCAGCGGGUCGUGUGGAACUCAUCAAGUAAGUUUCAAACGUCCUCCCAAAAGUGGCACAUGCAGAAGAUACAGCGUCAGCAGCAGCAGCAGCAGCAACAGCAGCAGCAGCAGCAGCAGCAGCAGCAGCAGCAGCAGCCUCUCUCUUCCCAGGGGACAAGAUAUCAGACCAGACAGGCUGUGAAAGCCGUGCAGCAGAAGGAGGUCACACAGAGCCCGUCCACUUCUACCAUCACGCUGGUGACCAGCACUCAGCCGGCAGCCCUGGUCAGCAGUUCUGGCUCUGCAAGCACCCUGGCAUCCGCUAUCAAUGCCGACCUGCCCAUCGCCACCGCCUCCGCCGACGUGGCCGCUGACAUUGCCAAGUACACCAGCAAAAUGAUGGAUGCCAUAAAGGGGACAAUGACCGAGAUCUACAAUGACCUCUCCAAAAACACCACCGGAAGCACGAUAGCGGAGAUUCGAAGGCUGAGGAUUGAGAUUGAGAAGCUGCAGUGGCUGCACCAGCAGGAGCUUGCCGAGAUGAAGCACAACCUGGAGCUGACCAUGGCGGAGAUGCGGCAGAGCUUGGAGCAAGAGCGGGAUCGGCUCAUCGCCGAGGUGAAGAAGCAGCUGGAGCUGGAGAAGCAGCAGGCAGUCGACGAGACCAAGAAGAAGCAGUGGUGUGCGAACUGCAAGAAGGAGGCCAUCUUCUACUGCUGCUGGAACACCAGCUACUGUGACUACCCCUGCCAGCAGGCCCACUGGCCUGAGCACAUGAAGUCCUGUACCCAGUCAGCCACUGCCCCUCAGCAGGAAGCAGAUGCUGAGGCCAGCACGGACACAGGAAAUAAGUCAUCCCAGGGCAGCUCCUCCACUGCACCAUCGGCACCUUCAGAAACGGCCACUGCCUCCAAAGAGAAAGAGACAUCAGCAGAGAAGAGCAAGGACAGCUCGACCCUGGACCUUUCUGGCUCCAGAGAGACGCCUUCCUCUGUUCUCUUAGGUUCCAACCAAGGCUCUGUUAGCAAGAGGUGUGACAAGCAACCUGCCUAUACCCCAACCACUACAGACCACCAGCCGCACCCCAACUACCCAUCCCAGAAGUACCAUUCCCGGAGCAGCAAGACAGGCUUGUGGGGCAGCAGUGAGGAGAAGCGAGGGUCUGCCCGCUCCGAGCACAGUGCAGGGAGCAGCGCGAAGAACCUCGUACCCAAAGAGUCGCGGGAGUCUCGCCUUGACGCCUUCUGGGACUAGGGGUGCAUCGUGAGCCAGAAUACCUCCCUGUAGGGGGGAAAGAACCCAAACAACCGGAAGCAACAGUAACUGGAGAACAGCCACCUUUCCAAUUCCCAACACUCAGGCUCUGCCCGUGGGCUUGGCUGCAGGGCAGCAACUGGACCCCAUCCCAGCAUGGGCCUUGGCUGGGACUGCUGGACCUUGUGAGCCCAACACUUGAGGUAGAAGUAGGUACACUUUGUGACGUCACUGACCUAGCCUACCUUCCUUUUUCGUAUCUAUACUGACCUUAACUUAUAAAAAAGAAAAAAGAAAAACAAGUUAUAUAUAUAAAAAAAAAUCUACAACGAAAAGAAUGUUUUGAUAAUUCAGAGGGCUUGCUAGUUAGCCCUCUGGCCUCACUGUGGUGUCAGGGCUGGGCCCAGGGAUUGCUGUUCUCACACAGGUCCUCCUCCCUGGACACCCAGGGGAGGGAGGAAGCCACUGUCCCUCUGCAGCACACCACGAUCGGGGCUCCCAGGCCGUGCUGUCCUGGACCCACCACACCAAGCCAUCGGCCCCUCACAGACCCUACAAGACGAUGCUUUGAAACACAAGUUUUCUGGGCUCGAAGGACACAGAGAGAAGCGUGUGUGAUUGUGAUCUGAGCUAUGGUUCCCGAAGAGGCAAAGCAGCCUGCCAUUUACAGAAGGUCCACACAAACAAUCCCUGCUCCGUCACGGAUGCGGACAGCAUUCAUGUGGGGCUACCCCUUCUCUCUGCGGAGUGCUCUCCACAAACACUCACACCUAGUUGUGAAGAGAUAGGCAUCUCAGAAGCAAGGACUCAAUAGCAAGGUGCACGCUGAGGACACGUGAGCCCGCGGAUGGAGCAUGUAUGUAUUAUUUAUAUGCUGGAGUUCUACGUUUUUAUGUAAGCAUGAAACACAGGCAGUGUGAGAGAAAGCCAAGACCAGUCAUGCUGUCCCGUUAACGCUACGUCUGCUGUAGUUCCAUUUUGUAUGUUGUGUGAAACGAACAUCGAUCGAAGCAAAAGAUGAUGUGUGUAUAUGAGAAAAAUUAAUUGUAUAUCAUUCCAGUACAUUCCGUUGUACAUUUUAGUCUUCGUUUACUAUCUCUUCAUUGUUGAUAAGAGAAUGCCAGCUGUGCAUUGCCCAGCUACUUUACCCCUACUAGAGAAGGAAGGAAGAAAUGCUAGAAGAAAACAGGAGGAGAGGAAGAACAUUUGUGAAUUGAAUUACAGUUGUCAAAAAACAAAACAAAAAAACAAUCUAGCCUAGCUGGCCUUAUUUGGGAAGCGUAACUGCUUUUAGCAUAUGGGAGUAUUUUUUCACAUUUUCUUUGUAUAAAAUUUGUAUUAAACUUAAAUAUCUUUUUUGA